GCGAAGGGAUCGGGAACGGCCUUGGUUUGACGCAUGCGCACUUGGGUUCGCUUACCUGCUUCGCUAACCCCGCUGGUGAAAGAUGGCGUCCCGCGCGGGACCUCGAGCCGCUGGAACCGACGGCAGCGACUUCCGGCACCGGGAGCGCGUGGCACAGCACUACCAAAUGAGGUGGGGUGCGGGGUGGGGCCAGCAAGCCGCGCGCCCAGCGGGGGAAACCAGGCUGCUUCCCCCGCCUCCGCAGCAGUGCACGUUGCCGGAGCUUCCCGCUGUCAUCCCUCCUUAGUCAUUCGCCGUCGUGGGGUCCCCCCCCGUCCGCUUAUCGGGCAGCGUCGUUGCGUUUUCGCCGCCGCCCUCUUGCUCAAAAGUGUGGGGGAAAGCUAAAUGCAUGUAACGUCGUUGUGCAGAUCGCCCGGUAAAUCACUAUGCAGUAAGACGGGGUGGGGGGUGGGGAGGAGAUCAUGUGUUGUGUGAAGAGGUUGAUGGCUCGGCCACCUACUAAUGAGGUUUUGUUUUGUUAUUCCUCUGCCUGUGCCUUUCACACAGCUGGAGAGUCAGCUGGCCAGGCUUUUUCCAUCACAGUAUCUGCACUAGGAAAAGUUUUCCUCUACUGAAUUUUGAUUUCUUGUGCGGCUGCUAAAGGCACAGGAAAUUUGUUCUUUUUUUAAAAAAAGCUGGCAGCUGGAUUGCAGCUCCACCUUCCUUGCAGAAUAUUAGAAUUAAAUUAUCAGCAGCACCGCCAAUAAAAUAUUCGAUUCUCUGUUCUUUAAAAUAGGAUCACCCCAAUCGCCACAGACCAGUACAGUCGGAAUUCUUUUGCUCAAUUGGUCGAGAGCAGCCUAUGUUGGACUCCAAAUCCUUUCGGCCUUUGUCAUCAUGGCCUGUGGUUACAGAUGAUGGGAGCUGUAGUCCAACAGCACUUGAGGGCUCAUGGUUGAGGAUGUAGAGCAGCGUCCGUCAACUCUGGGUCCCUGGAUGUUGCUGGACUACAGCUGUCGUUAUCCCUAGCCAGCUCAGCCAGCAGUCAGGGAUGAUGGCAGUUGCAUUGCAACAAUGUCUGGGGAUCUGAGAUGAGAAUAAGUGACACAAAAACGAAAACAUUGGAUGUUGUUGGACUAUAACUCCCAUCAUCCCUGAUCAUGGUGGCUAGGCAUGAUGGGAGUUGUAGUCCAACAACAUCUGGGGACCCACAGGUUGAGAAACACUGGCUUAGAAGCUUAUUUUGGCAUUAAGUGGUACAUACAUUAAUAAAUAGCAAUAAUAUUAUAAUUCUGCAGUCUGAGAUGGUAGGGGUUAACAUCCAGAAAAUCAACUCCCUGCUUUGGGUUUGGGUUUGGUUGGGUUUUUCUUAGCUUAUAGCCUAUGUCAUUCUGCCUAGUUCUUCACCAGUUUGUCUUGGUGUUGACUAUCUCACCACCAUAUUUGAAAUUACCUUUUAGUGCUGGCUCUUGCUGACCCUUGCCUCCCCCUCCCUCCCUCUGCUUCCCACAGUGUGUCCCUCAAGUCCGAGAUUAAGAAGUUGAUCUACAUGCAGAUAGCGCUGUGGCUUCUGGUGGCAGCGCAGAUGUGUGUCGCUCACUUCAAGCUGCUGCCCCACGACCAGGUGGCCAUGCCUUACCAGUGGGAGUACCCGUACCUACUCAGCAUCAUCCCUUCGCUCUUCGGCCUCUUCUCCUUCCCGCGGAACAACAUCAGCUACCUGGUCAUCUCCAUGAUCAGCACAGGCCUUUUCUCAGUGGCGCCUCUCAUCUAUGGCAGCAUGGAGAUGUUCCCGAUGGCGCAGCAGCUCUACCGCCACGGCAAGGCCUACCGCUUCAUCUUUGGCUUCUCCGCCGUCUCCGUCAUGUACUUGCUGGUGGUGGUCGCCGUGCAGGUUCACGGCUGGCAGCUGUAUUACAGCAAGAAGCUGCUGGACUCCUGGUUUACCAGCACACAGGAGAAAAAGAAGAAAUGAACAGGCGGCCAGGAGUUCACCUGCAUGCAGCGAUGUCUGGGGGCUUGGGGUGGGGGCUCAGGGGUGCCCUGCUCAAGCAGAGGCAGGUGGCGCUAUUUGGGAUUCUCUGCCCUCCCCAUCUUGCCAAGCUGAUGGGAGAUGGCAAGGGCUCCGUUUGAGCAGGGUGAAAGCCUCUGUGGGUGCCUUCCGACCCUCUGCUGGCAGCCACAGGGACUAGCAGCUGCAGACUUGGGCAACCCUCCUUUGGGGAGGGAUUUAUGGGAGAGGCAUCUGGUGCCUUUCAGAAAGACCUUACCUAGCUUGCUCAGACUGAGAGAUGCAGGACGCUCCUGCUGCUUUGAAUGCUGAAUCGUGACCAGGCAGACUGACUCCAUCUUCUUGAGUUGGUUAGAUGUGAGUUGGGUAAGAGGAUGUGAGUUCAUGGUGAGGCUUGAGGUCCCAUCACGUUUCACCCAUCUUAAGAGUUCCCAAUCAAGCCCUUUUGAGAGAUUAUGCUAUGUGUACUUACCGUAUUUUUCUGUGUAUAACGACCCCUAUUUUUGGGGACCGCAACAAAAUAAUUUGGGGGGGAAAUUGCUCAGAGUUCUUGCACUGUUUGUGGGGAGAUUGCCCAGAGUUGUUGAGCUUGGGGGGGGGGGCACCACCGCAAAACGCUCGACAGCCUACCCCACAAUGCAAACCGCACACAUCACUACAGACAUCAAUCGUCUACAUACUACUACUACUACUACUAAUAAUAAUCAUCAUAAUAAUAAUUUAUUAUUUAUACCCCGCCCAUCUGGCUGAGUUUCCCCAGCCACUCUGGGCAGCUACCAAUCAAGUGUUAAAAACAGUACAGCGUUAAAUAUUAAAAACUUCCCUGAACAGGGCUGCCUUAAGAUGUCUUCUGAAUGUCAGGUGGUUGUUUAUCUCUUUGACAUCUGAUGGGAGGGCGCCACUACCGAGAAGGCCCUCUGUCUGGUUCCCUGUAGCCUCACUGCCCAAAGCCCAACUGCCCAAUUGACGCAACCACAGCCUGCUGUCCCUUGCUCAUUUAGUCAUGUAGAUGGGUUUCCAUCUUUGCUCAUAACCCCCCUUGCCUUUUCCUAUAAAUGCCUGGGUGCCCCAGAGACUGCUGUCGCCACCCCAUUCCCAGCUAAUGAGUUUCAGCACACACACACACCCCAUGUACUUGAGUACCAAAUAAAGAAAAAUAUUGCAGAACGUUGCACCUGGGUUUUGUUUUUAAUUAGCAGGGGGUGGGUGUGAUGGUGGCAGCUGGCUCGAGCUGCUAGAGGUGAAACCACCCUCAAUCAUGUAUUGUCCUGUCUUCAGGAGGCGCUGAGCGCCUUGUAGUGCCAGAUAACAAUGUGGUGUGCAUGAGUGCUAAGACUGCCCACCAGUACCUCCAGUGUCCGUGAAAGGUCUCAGUAAAUAUCCCCUCAAAAAUGUGCACAUGAGAGGCUGUUUGUGCCUUCUGCUCAGUUCCUGUUCACAUUGGAACAUGCCCCAUUAAGCUUGGACACAUUUCAUUGGAUGUUGCAGUUGGACAGCCACCUUCCUAUCCAUAGUGGAAAGAAGCAAAGAGCUCUCUCUGAGCAAGUGCAACAGUGGCGUAGAUGUCAUUUCCCCCUACUUAUGUGAAUGCCCUAUGUUGGCUCUUUUUUCUGUUCUUUGAGAGGUGGCAGCCAUUUUGUGUUGCUCCAUUCCCCACAGCAGCCAUCUUGUGAUGGGUGCCCUUUCUCAAAAUUCCAAGGAUGCCCACUGGCCUAAGGAAUGCCACUGUCAAUAGGAAAGAAAGUGGAGAUUUGUGUGGUGAGAAUAUGAUCUGUCAGGGAUCUCUUGCCUACAUAGAAAGCUUCCUUGAGGUAGUCACAAGAGUUGUAGACAUUUGCUCCCCUGUGCAAAAAGAAGCUGAGGAACAGAACAAGAUUGGUUCAAAAAACAACUCUUAAUACAGAUCUACACCAUACAUUUAAAUCAUGUCCAAAGCACAUGAGUUCCCACAAAGAAUUCUGGGUACCGUAGUUUGCUAAGAGGGCUGAGGAUAGUAGCUCUGUGAGGAGGAAUUUGAGGCAGAUCUCCCCAUUCUAUGUCUGAUACUCUAAUCAAGCUUAACAUGCUGAUUCUCUAAUAGCUACUUAUAAUUGCUCCCAUACCACAAUAUUAUUAUUUUAUUCUGAUAUAUUUCAAGCAGUAGGAAAUUGGGACAAAAUUUAAUAAUACUCUGGAUCUUAUUCUUGUUGAAUGGUGGUUAUUCUGAUUUUCUGGUUACAUGUGUCCUAUUGUUCAGAAAAAUGCGGUGCAGCCAACUCAUUCAGCUGCAGAAGGUCAAGAAACCCGGUAAAUUGGAGGGGGGCGGAGAGAAGUUGCAAUGUCAUUAUUCAAGAUGGCAGAUGAGCCAACUGCCACUCUCGCAGCUGCAUUAUUUCUUUUAAAGAAUUGUUGUACAAGGUGACAAAACCGCCAGGUAAGCAGGUGGGCAAUGAUCCAAGAAUCUCGGGGUGCUAUGCACCCUCAGCUAAAACCAUGCACUGAGUGAGAAUGUUUCUGACCACUCUGAAACGGAAGCAAGCCCUACUGCGGCACGAAUAAUAGCACAUGUUACUGAGGGAGGACUGGGAACCCAUGAGAGCUACAACCAGGGCCAUUUUCCCCCAGCUGGAACUUACUCAGUUCUGGCACCUUUCAGGUGGGUGCAGUUGCCAUGACGAGAGAACAAGGGAGACAUUCAUGAUGAGUUCCGGUACCUCUUUUUCUAGAAAAAUAGCACUGUGCAACAAUUCUAAAAGGAUUCCUCUGAAAAGACUGCAGAGUCUACAAUAGGAAUAGGCCUGAGGCACAACACUUCCAUUGAGACCUUUACUAAAGUCACUGCGAAUCUACUGCCUACGGUGGAUACCCUGGAAGAACAUAAAUAACACAAGUAAUCUGAGACUGAGAGGUGUCCUUGAAGAAAUGAGGAAAGCAGGAUUUAAUUACCACCUCGGUGACAUGAUUUAAAGAGGUUUUCCCUGACAUUUCCGAUACUAGCAACAUCCCAGAGGCCUAAUAUUCUUCAGGUGUGCGCCGUAAAAAGAAAUGUGGAACACCCAAGCAGUACCCAACACAGAAUGAGAAGGAGCGAAAGUACUAACUUUCCAGGAUCUCGGUGCAGGUACAUUGCAAAAAAAAAAGGACUUUAAGCAAGUUGCAGGAAAGUUACGCUCUGCAGGGGUGAGAGAUGACUGGGAAUUUUCCAUUCCAGCUUGAUAGCAUCCCAUGAUUCAAAGGUGCUGACAGAAACCACACAGACAGAUGCAAACAGCAGUUUGGUGGCAGUUUUAGAGGAUGACACAGGCAGCUCCAAGGGCAGCGAAGAGGAUAGGAGGCUGGCAGC